GUAAGUAUACCACGUCAGCUGUACCCUUGAUCUGAUGGUGGUUGUGGGUCAUGGCUGAGCAUGUGGCCUCCAGCGCUUGAAUAGUAUCUUGGACCCAAGGCGUAUGGAGUUGCCAAGGUCAGCAAACAGCUUACAAUGCUCUGCAAAUUGAAACUGAUAUUUAUACCGCAACGGGUAUGAGGAAAUACUGCUUACGCCUCGUCUUAUCCAUACAUUACUGUGACAAGUGUGGCUCCACAUGUAUGUAUGAGCACUUUUUAUUUAGUCGAGUAUAUAAUCCCAAAGAUUCUCCGCUAAGAGAAGUAGUCCAAGUCUGCACAUUUUUAGAAGUUACUCGUGGCCCACCUUUGUUGCCAUUCUACGAGCGCCUAUCGAAGACCUGUGGAAGCGGUGAGAAAGUAUAAGUGACUCACCAUGGUCUGCCCAGUCCGAUGAUUGUGGAGCCAUCGAAGCAGUGUGGUACGUCGAGCCAGGUUGGUCCAGAAUAUUUGCAUGGAGGUUCCAGCACCGAUUCACGUUAGCAUCAAGCUUAACGUUCUUGCACCGCCGGCUGUAGCGGGGAAGCCUGCCCUGAAGCGAAAGUGAUUACAAAAAAGAAUUCUGACCUGUAUGUUCUGCAUCCCCU